UCGAGCCUUCAAAGAUGGCGGCGUCCGGGGAGAUAAGCUUGGAGGUUCUGCCGUCGGAUCCUCUGUUGCUCAUCAUGUCUUUCCUCGACUUUCGGGAUCUGAUGAGCUGCAGUUUUGUGAGCCGCCGUUUGCACGAGCUGUCGAGUCACAAUCCACUGUGGAAAAGGCUCUGUCACAAGUACUGGCUCCUCUCCGAGUCAGACAAAUGUGAGAAAGGUCAGACAUGGAAGGACCUCUUCCAGGAGUUCUACACUGACAUGGGUCGCUACAUUGACCACUACAGUACUCUGAAGACCGCCUGGGACAGCUUGAAGGGCUACUUGGAGAAGAAAUGCCCCAGGAUGAUCACAUCCCUUAAAGAGGGUGUAAAGGAGGAAGAGCUGGAUGCAAUUGAAGCCCAGAUUGGCUGCAAACUUCCCAACGACUAUCGUUGCUCCUUCCGGAUACACAAUGGGCAGAAACUGGUGGUGCCGGGACUAAUGGGCAGCAUGGCCCUCUCCAACCACUACCGCUCCGAGGACCUGCUGGACAUCGAAACGGCAGCUGGCGGCUUCCAGCAACGCAAGGGCAUGAGGCAGUGCUUGCCCCUCACUUUCUGCUUCCACACAGGGCUGAGCCAGUACAUGGCCCUGGAGAGUGUGGAGGGACGCGUUCGCGGCGAGAUCUUCUACCAGUGUCCGGACCAAUUAGCCCAAGACCCAUCUGCAAUUGACAUGUUUAUUACAGGGUCCAGCUUCACUGAUUGGUUUACCUCAUAUGUGCACAACGUGGUAACGGAGGAGUAUCCCAUCAUCCGGGACCAGAUCUUCAGGUAUAUCCAUGAUAAGGAGUGUGUUGCCACCACUGGGGACAUCAAAGUGUCCGUAUCUACCUCGUUCCUCCCCGAGCUCAGCUCCAUUCACCCCCCGCACUACUUCUUCACAUACAGAAUCAGGAUUGAGAUGGCCAAGGAUGCCCUACCAGAGAACACUUGUCAGCUGGACACACGCUACUGGAAGAUCACCAAUGCUAAUGGGAAUGUGGAGGAAGUGAGGGGACCUGGUGUGGUAGGUGAGUUCCCGGUGAUGUCGCCUGGGAAGGUGCACGAGUACGCCAGCUGCACCACCUUCUCCACCACCUCUGAGUACAUGGAAGGACACUACACCUUCCAUCGCCUCAAGAACAAGGAGGAGCUCUUCAAUGUCACCAUACCCCGCUUCCACAUGGUCUGCCCACCAUUCCGCAAGUCUGCAGUAAGGAUGCACGGCUCAGUGAGUAUUUCAGGCACGACAUCCAGCGAUAAUUCAUCUGACACAGAUGGCUUCGAUGCAGAUGAGCAUGGGUUCAUGAGCGUGGGUGACCCCGACCCUACAGAUCGCUGCCCUCGCCAUAUCUGAAACAUUUUUCUACUAGAGGACUCUUGAUCCAAACUGGGGAGGAGAGGGGAGCGAAAGACUUCUGGGUUCAUUUUCUCGCAGCCUCUGUAAUUCAUUUAAAAUCCUGUCUUUUUACAGUCCACCUUCCUGAGGUCUGAGAGCUGGUGUCCCCUGACCACUUACCUCGUACCCAUUGUAUGUGAGCCAGUAAAUGCCUGCUUUUUCCUCCUCAUUUUCAUUCUUUCCUUGCAAAAAAGGAGAAUUGCAGGGUCACAUUUUUGACAACAAUGACAGCAUUUUGAAAACUUUUUUUUUUUGGUGGUAAGUGUAGGCUCUAGAAAGUGCAGAGAAGAGCAUUAAACUAAUAAAAAGGUAUUGACACAGAGCUGAAAUGGGAUCUGGGGGGGUUCCAUAUGGCUAAAUCACCAUACCCAGCACAGAAAUUGUCUUUUGUACAUUAAAAUCAGGUCAUUGCUGUGGUUAUUGUUGGAUGUGAAGCACUGCGUGAGCAGUUUUUCGGACUUGCGCUGAUCUUCGGGAAAAAACCAAGCUAAUUGUAACAGUGCACUGUUGGGUUAGGGUAACGGGUGGUGCAAAAUGCAAGCCGAGCUUUAGAAUCCAUACAGAGAUUUUGUGGUACAGUCAGUGUGGUUGCAAGACACCGUGAAUAAGGGCUCAACGAAAUGUGGAAUUUGAGUGUACCAUGUAUGUGGAAUGUGUACGAGUGCAAUAGACAGGCAUAAAUUGAGCAAAUUGAUGUAAUGGAGGCUGUUAGCGCUGGCAUCCAGAGACACACUGAGGCUUUUCUGCCUUUUUUUUUUUUCUUUUUUUGGAAUGUUCUUCACGACCUGUCGUACCACGAUGUCUUGGCAAAGCUUGAACUUCAGUGCUUAAUACAUACUGAACCCUUGUAGAUUUAGUAUUCAUAAAAUCUGCUUUGGAGUUACUUCUCGGACGCUUGCCCAGCUUUUCUUUGAUCGCCCAGCUCUCUGUGCCUGACACGUUCCGCAGUUUGCUGUAAUAAAACAACCAUGGUAAUUUAGUUUUCAGAUGGGUAUUUUGAAAAGACAGUUCCAUAUAACUUUUUUUUGCGAUUGAGGUGGUGACAAGGUUCAUGCUUGUUUCAUAGAUGGGUAGAUGAGGACAAGGUUUGUUAUACAUUAGAGGUCUUCUCUCAAAGCAGCUGAGUUUCUGUGGUGGGUGGGUUGUUGCCUUUUUUUGUUGUUUUUUUUUUUUGAGUUUCUCAAGGUUUUGUUGCAGGAACACCUGUUUGCGCACAACCAUUUCUCACAGUUACCUGUUGUUAGUGUCUCAAGAUUUUCAGCAGAUACAUGGGUCUUGUUGAGGCAGCAGUGACUUUCAGGUCUGCCAAAGUCACCAAAGGGAAAAGCCUUUAAUUUCCCUGCGAGACCCAAGGCCAACAUAUCAAGUAGAUGAAACAUUUUUUCCACAUUUUCUAAAUCCUAAAAUAAAGUGGUAAUGCUCACCUGAGUUUGUAAAUAGAACUGGCCGUGAUCAUCAUCUGAGUCAGACAGGUUAGACUUUAAUAUGGUAGGAGCAAUAUGUAAAACAUUUGGUUUUAUUUUCCCUGCUGUUUUGUUAGGUGGAAAGAGUUAGCUUUGUGAUUUCAUCAUAUAUUUUAUUUGUAAAUUUCAGUGACUGUGAUGAUGAGUGAUGUAAUGAAUUUAUUGCACAUGCCAAUUUUCUAGCUGAUUUUAUCAGUAAGGACUACUUCCGGGUGUGUACAUUUUAAAAUGGGAAUUUCAUUGAAUUACCUAAGUGUUUUCUUUCUUGUUAAAGCUGUGCAAUAAAUUUAGUCCAAUCUGUUA